UUACCUUCUCUCCUCUAUUUUCCAUCGAUUUUGUUUUUUGUAUACACACAGCCGUCUGGUGACCACUUCCUGUCGCAGCUCUGUGAUGACUUCCUGCCGAGCCUGAUCACUUCCUCUAAGCUCCAGGUGUACACCACAACCACGGAAUGCAACAGUCAUCACGGUUUCACCACGGCCAGGCGGCGAGCCUACACAGAGUCUCUGUGUCUCCAGGUGUACUCGGACCUGGUGGACCUGGUCGACCGCCGUAACCCCUUACCUGUCCGUCACCUUAACGACGCGUUGGCCCUGGAGAUGGCCGCCCAGCAGGAACUGUCUGGUGUCUUCUCACGUCUUUAUGACGUCACUCGCCCAGAGGCGGAAGAGAUAAAAACCUACUUGGUGGAGAGGGCUAAACAGCGCCCGCUAGUGGUGGGAGGCGGGCCGUGCACUGGGAAAACAGUCCUGCUUGCACACUGCUGCCAGCAGGUGAAAUCAUGGCUAGCUGAUCAAGACCCAGUAAUCAUUCCUUACUUUGCUAACAUAACAAUUAACCCGUCCCCGAAGCACAUCCUCUCCCUACUCUGCUAUCAAAUAGUGUGCUGCUACAGACAACCACAUGACGUCUCAUCUGACCCCGACAUCUCCAAAGGCCUGCCUUCUAACCUGGAUUCAAACCAUGAACCUUGUAGUGCAGAGAACCACCAUUCCAACCCUAAUUUACGCUCUAGAACUGAUCCCAAGCCCAAAGACCCUAAUCCUCCAGAACCCAGACCCAAACAAAGUAUCCCCAGCCAAUAUUUUGAACCUGAUCUCUCUCAAUCUUGGCUCAAAGAUCACCUCUCCUCACUCCUCUCCAGUUUUCCUACUCCCAAUCGGCCUGUUGUACUAAUCCUGGACGGCCUGGAUCAAAUAAACGACGUGGAUAUCCAACACAUGGUCCAAUGCCUUCCUUCCCCUCUCCCCGAUAGCGUCAAGCUCAUCCUGUCAGUGUCCAACCGUCGCACGCAGGCCUUACAAGCCAUCCAACUACACUAUCCAGAAUGCACUUCUUCACCUCUACCUGUUUCGCACAGCAUUGUGCCUACCAAGGACAAGGAGAGGAAGGGUUUACUGAUGGAAACGGGUCAGACACAGAGCAAAGGCUAUAGCUUUGUAGAGUUGAAGUCGAUGGAGAGUGGACAGUGUAUCAGAAUGGUUGCCUCCCUGCUCAGCCUUUCUGGAAGGAGAGUUACCUCUGGGCAGCAGACUCUGGUUAACAAGGCUCUGGGCUCUUGUUCCCAGAUUUUCUACGCUCGCCUCCUGCACUCCCAAACUUUGCACUGGACCUCAGAUUCGGAAGUGAUGGAAUCCUCGCUCCCUAAUGGCGUCCAUGCAUCUAUUUCUGCACUGCUGGACGUCCUCGAGCAGAAACAUGGUUCGACUCUGGUGCGUCGCUGCCUGUCCUACCUCACCCUCUCCAGGACUGGGCUCACGGAGGCCGAGCUCACUGACCUGUUGUCCAGUGACGACGAGGUGUUGAUGACGCAGUACACGCUGAGAGGUCAAGCGCGCUCAUGCAGGUUGAGGGUACCUCACGUGGAUGUGGAGAGACUCCUGCUGGACCUGAGGAUGUUCCUCAGAAGGAGGACUGUGGCUGCUGGGGCACCCCUGUUGUUUUGGGUGUGCAGGCAUUUCGGCCUGGUGGUGACUAAGAAGUAUCUAGGUUGUCACGAGUUGAGGGAGCAGCUUCAUUCAUUGAUGGCAGACUAUUUCAAUGGCCGAUGGGCGUUUGGAAAUGCAAAACCACUCAUUAUUACGAGGAAGUCAGAGCCAUCAGGAACAACAGAGUUGGGGUCAAGCAAAACUAAUACGGCUUCUGAAACGGCCGAAAUGGCCGUGUGCAUAGACAGGCAGCAACCAUGUCAGCCCUUUGUCUUCAGGUCUUCCGACGCUUUGUCCUCUGCUUGCAAAGAGGGAAGUCUAGUGAACCUGAGGAGGAUCAUAGAGCUGCCCCACCACCUGCAAGAAAGCAAAAGGUGGGAAGAGUUGGAGCGUAAGUUAUUACUGUCUCUUGGCUUUCAGCAGGCCAUGGUUCUAGCAGGUCUUUUGGGGGAUCUGGUAGACAUGUUGAUGGGAGAGAAAAGGUCACAAGUGGUUACUUUGCCCAGGGAACGAGCCCUCUUAGCCAGCAUGCUGAAAUCAACCGCAUGCAUCCUUCAAAGCUCUCCCGAGGAGCUCCCAAUGUUGAUGGAGUGCAGACUUCUUCCUUUUGUCGGAAUCUACCAAGAACUUGAAGUCUACAUUCAGGAGAUUGAACAGGAGAGGAGAAGAAGAGGAAGCGGCAUAAGUGUUGUUCUUUGCCCUGCUUCUUCCAUACUUCCCUCAAUUCAGUGUUCCUUGAGUGAGGGGAUACAAGGGCAAGGCUGUAUCAAAGAAGUCGCUUUGACAGCCUGCAAUGUUGUAGUUGGGGUCAUGGAAAGUGGUAUUGCUUGGAUGUGGAGAAGCCCAUGGAGGGAGGUAGAGGAACUGUCCUUGAGCAACAAACAACUCAAAGUGGAGUUUUCUCGAGUGAUGAGCACUGGUAGAAGAAUUUUGCUUUCCACAUACUGCAACAUGCUUUUAUUAUUGGCUGUCACCAGUCCAGAGAUGUUUGUAGAAGUUGAGGGCCCACUGGAAACUGAGGAGUUCCAGGGUGAGACAAAUCAGCACAUGGUCGAGGGAUGUGUGGAGACGGAGGAGCAUCUGUGUGUGUGGUGGAAGGACAAACGUUUUGUGAGUGUGUUUCGUGGCGCGAAGGGCAAACCUCAGAAUUUUCAGUGUCAGAACCCUGUGACCUGUUUGGUUUGUUCCGAUGAUGGUCGUUUCAUGUAUUGUGGGCAGGAGACAGGGGCAGUGGCUUUAUUUGACAUUUACAACACCAAUCCCGUUUGUGAAUGUUCAAACCCAAAUCAGAAUGCUAUUCUGUCAAUAAUCCUCUGUGAAGAACAGUGUGAUAUGGCGUGUGUUGACAUUACCGGAAAUAUAAUGCUUUGGAAUGUGGAUGGAAGCCCAACCCAACCUGCUUUUCAACUUGAGUGUUUUAGUGAUAAAGGUGGGAACAGCGUUCUCAAUAUGGAUUACUCGUAUGAACUAGCCACCUUAUUGGUUUGCAAAGCUCAACAGAUUACACUGUGGAACACAUGUGAAUGGGUAAUGUUGGGCCAGUUUAUGACUCCACAGGGAAAGGCUUUCCUCCAUGCAUUGCUAGCCCAGGAAGGUCAUCUCUUUCUGGCUUUGCUACAAUCCUGUUCCCUUGUCCUGGUGUGGAACAUAAGCAGUGGGGAAUGUGUUCUUUCCCUUGACACAUGCAGCAGCACGUCUGUUCCUAGACUUCUCAAAACAGCCUCAGGUUUUAUUACUAUCACUCCUCAUGGUUGUCUCUCAAUGUGGGAAGUUAUAAAUGCAGCUGGUAUGUCCCCAAAGAUGUCACAUGGGGUUAGCCAGGUGGUGGCCGACGAGGUUGGGGAGAAGUUUUACACAGCAGACGGCUCUAUAGCAGUAUGGGGUUGGAGCUUGCGGACAGGAGAUCCGGAAGUGAACUUCAUUCAUGAUGGGCCUGUGGAAAAACUCAUGCUCUCUCCAGACAACAGCCAUCUUGUGUCAGUUUCAGGUGGAGAUAUCUACGUUUGGCAUCUGGACACGCGUCAGAACAUCUUCCGUAUCAGAGGCAGCAGUGCAACUGACAUUCUCAUCACCCCAAACAGUAAAUUUGCGGUGAGUCUCUGCGAGAGAGGCCUAUCGCCAGUUUGGAACCUGCAAAACGGUGGUGUUGUGUGCCACAUACAACUUUACCUAGACGCAGCCAAGGUGUCACCUGAGAGCACCUUCCUGAUUGGCCUUCACCAAGGAGACCUGCUGGCCACAAACCUUUGGUCUGGCACUGUCAGCAGGCGCUUCUCCCAUGCAGCGCACUCUGAGCAUGUUGUGGCGUUCCACAUGCUUCCACAACAGCCAGACUUUGUGCUGGUGAUGGGUUCCAGUGGAGUCGUGUAUACCUGGAAGGUACCUGAGGACACAAUGUUGCAGCAGUUUCAACUCCCUCGCUCAUUCAGCAUUCAGCCACAUGUCAUCCAGACAUCCUCCGCUGGAAGCUUCAUGCUCCUUUCCACAAACAACGACGGCAUGGCGUACUUGGACCUCUCCACACACCAAACCUGCUCUGUGAAGGUUGAAGGUACUGCUUUUGCAGUGUGUCUGGACAAAGCAGGGCGCUACGCUGUAUGCCUAUCCCAGCCCUCUGCCCUGACCGCACAGUGUUCCUGUGAUGUGCAUCCAGAGUCCGUGCUGACGGUAAUACGACUUGCCGAUGGGGGGAAAGUGGGGAUGUUGCGUAUGUGCAAGACGCCAUUGACCGUGGCUGUGUGUGAGCAGCUGUAUGUAUAUGUGGGGUUUCAUGAUGGCUCUGUGGCUGUGUAUUCCAUCUUGGAUCUCAUAAAUAAACAGGAAUGUUCUGUUAGGGGCAGGGACAAUUUGAUUGGCUUGAAAAAACAUUGCUUCUGCGGCACAGUCCUUAUGAGAUUGUCACCUUUAGCAUUCCCUAAUAUUACAUGGCCAUAAAGACCUAUCCCCCCUGAACAAAAUGAAAAGAUGAAAUAAUGUAUUGAUCUUACACUGUUUUUGUGUUUGAUUUAAACCCCUCGAAAACGAUCUAAAUGUCAUUUCUUUCUUAUGGGACUUUGUGUACUCUUGUUCAUGACUUCUUCUUUGUAAUGGCUAACUGCUACUUUAGCUCAUCUAUCUAUCUAUGAACAAAUGCAAUUUUUUUGGUUUUAAUUUUAUCACAGAAAAUAAAACACUGUAAGAUUGUGUAUCUGUACUCACAUAAAUAACAGUAAUAUAUGUACAAUUAUUCACACACACACACACACACACACACAAUAUUUGAAAUAUAAUAUAUAUUAUAUUACAUAUAUUAUAUAUAUAAUAUAAUAUUAAGGCAAUAUUGAGCUUAAGAGUCGCUCCAGGGUAAAAAAAAAAGAAUGUUUAAACAAUGUAAUGAUAUAUAAUUUUACCCAUUAUAGACAUUAUACUCACACAAUGACUUUAUGUUUGAAAAACAACCGCACCACCAAGACACAGUCAGAUUUUAUAUAUAUUUUUUGUUAUAUCUGCCAGCGAAUCACAUGCAUAUUGGGGAGUUUAGCUUUAGUUAAAUUUAAAACAAAGUGUUGUAGCCUCUUACACAAAUUCAUAAAAACUCUCAUAUAGUUUUGUUUUUGUCAACUUUAGUAAACUUAAGACCUCAUUAAUUAAAUUUAUCCGGCCACAGUUCUAUAUUCAGCAGUGGUCAGCUUGUUAAACUGUGAGGGAUACAUGGUGGCUUAUAGUCACGCUGGCUGAAAGCAGUGGCGUCACUAGGCUGUUUUUGUCGGGUCUUAUGCCCCGGAUAUUAUUUAAUUAGCCCCGGAUAAAAAGUUUGGGUACAUUUUUUUAUAAUAAAAAAAUAUAUAUAUAAAUAUUUAUUGGUAUAUUUACUGGUAACUAUGGAAUGCGUUAAUUCAAUUCAGUCUAGAAGUAAUGAAAUUAUGGUCUGUCUCACUUGUAUUUAUUCUACUCAGAAAUAACUUGAAUGGAACUUUAGAUGUUUGGGGAUAAGCAGCACAGCAGCCAGGUAGCUAUUUAAAGCUAUAAUAAUGGCAUAUUUUCGUUUAUUUAGGUUAAGCAUUAUGAAAAAUUGUGCAUGCACAAUAAAGCAUACAUUUUUUUUUUUGCCAUUUUCAUUUUCCCGUUGGGCUUAGCCCCGGAUGUUCAUGAAACCUAGAAAUGCCCCUGGCUGAAAGCAACAAUUCAUUAUCAUUGUAAAUUUGUUCGGUUUUCUUUAAAAUAAAGCAUUAUUAUAUAACCCUUA